AUGUCAGACUUAAACGUGAACAAGAUAAAAUUGACUCCUGAUAGUUUAGCUACAAAAGAAGAGUUGUCAGCGGACUUGGCAUUGAAAAGAAGUCCCUCUGCUGCCUCCAGCUUAGCAAGUGGUGCCACGGUGACAACCGCUAAUGCAUCAUCGCCCCUUCCCAUUUUAUCCAAGAUAUCAAGUACAGACAGUGGUGUGUCUACAUCGCGUAAACGUGUAAACAAGAGGUCCUCACAAAAGCCAAAGAAGAAGAGAAAGAAUCUAUGCUUUUUCAAGGAUUGCGAUAAUCUCUCUUUGAAAUUGAUUGGAGAUUGUAAGUUUUGUAAUGGGUCCUUCUGUUCUAAGCACAGAAUAAUGGAAAAUCAUGAUUGUAAUCGUCUAAAUGAUUGUAAGGAAAUUAUGCAUAAGAAAAAUGCAGAUAAAUUGAAUAAAGAACAAACUUUGAUUCCAAAACUUCGAAUUUGA